AUGCCCGAAAUUCUUGGAAAGCAAGUCGGCUCAACUGGCUAUGGCCUCAUGGGCCUCGUCUCUCAUGAUCCGCCCAUCCCGCCCGAGCAGGCCGUGAAUGCCUUGAGAACGGCGCUCGAAGCUGGUUGCAACUUCUGGAAUGCGGGAGAGCACUACGGGACUCCUGAAUGGAAUUCGAUCAAGCUCUUGGCCAAAUACUUCAAACAGUACCCUGAAGAUGCCGACAAAGUACUUCUAAGUGUCAAAGGCGCUUUCGACUUCCACACGAUGACCCCAGACGGUUCACCUGAAGGCAUCAAGCGCAGCCUCGAUAAUAUCCUCAGAGAUCUUGAUGGGACGAAGAAGAUCGAUAUUUUUGAAUGUGCACGAGUUGAUCCCAAGACACCACUUGAAAUCACUUUCAAAUUUCUCGAAGAUGAAUACAUAAAGAAGGGUGUCAUUGGCGGAAUUUCCAUCAGCGAAGUCAGCGCUGCAACGGUUCGACGUGCGGCCAAGAUUACCAAGAUCUCAUGCGUGGAAGUUGAACUCAGUUUGUGGUCAACACAUGUUCUUGAGAAUGGUGUUGCUGCCGCAUGUGCCGAGUGUAACAUUCCCUUGGUUGCGUCCGCAGAUGAUCUUGCGCCGAACGACGCUCGACGUUAUUAUCCCCGCUUCCAAGCAGAGAACUUCCCAAUCAAUCUGGAGUUGGUAAAGCAACUUGAAACUUUAGCCAAGAAGAAAGGUUGCACAUCUUCCCAGCUUGCCAUAAACUGGGUCAAGGGCUUGUCUAAGAAACCUGGCAUGCCUACCAUUAUUCCCAUUCCAGGCGCGACGACCGAGGCUCGAGUUCGAGAAAAUGCCCAAGACUGGGAGCUCACAAACGAAGAGCUAUCCGAGAUUGAUGAUAUCCUGGCAAAGUUCAAGGUGUCUGGCAACCGAUACCCGGAUGGCAUCCCUAUAGAUGGCUAA